AUGCAGCCCCAGCGACGCCGGCGUGAGUCCCUCACGCCCCAGCAGCUGCGUGAGUGGUACGCUGGUUGGGGCUGUAGGGGUGGCGACGCUACUCCUACUACCACUCCUGCUGCUUCUACUCGUGGUGGCGGCCAGAUGCAGCUCCCGCGACCCUCUCGCGUGUCUCUCACGCCUCGCCAGCUUCGUGAGUGGUACGCUCAGAGUGGAGGGUCUCUCAGUGCUGUUCGCUGCUCUUACGUGAUUCGCACUGGUACUCGGACUGGUCAGCCUUGUGGGACACGUAGUCAUACACCGUCCCGCUGCUUCGCCCGUCUGAGCGACGCCUUGCGUACCGUGUUUGGCGACGAGGCUGAGCUUCCCGACUCGGUGGAGUUGCUUAGGCAGAGGGUAGAUAUAUAUGCUCUUGACUAUGAUGCUAUUCUCACUGCCAUGUAUGCAUUGCCUACUAGUGCUGACCGUGCCGGUCACCUGUGCGUCCCGCCUGACCCAGGUAUAGGACCUGCUGCUCUAGCUACUGGUGAGGCUGCUGCUCUGGGUGCUAGUGAGUCUCCUGCUCCAGGUACAGGUGCGGCUGCUGCUCUAGGUGCUAGUGAGUCUGCUUCCUCAGGUGCGGGUGAGGCUGCGCUCUCAGGUACCGCGUUGGCUUCGGCCUCCCUCACCUUUACACUUGACUCUGGGGCUUCUCGCUCCUUCUUUCGGGACCGCACCACACUCACGCCGCUUGGUCGGCCGGUUGCAGUCUCCCUGGCUGACCCCUCUGGGGGUCCUGUCCUCACUCACUUCUCCACUGUCCUCCCGUGUCCGGCUGCCCCCUCGGGCACCCUGUCUGGCCUGUACCUCCCCUCGUUCUCGACGAACUUGGUGAGUGGUGCAGACCUACAGGAUGCGGGGGUUCACCAGUUCACUCCUGCGAGUCAGCGGGUGACCCACUGCACGGACGCACGCACAGGCCGGCACCUGGCCACGUUCUCGCGUCGGCCGGGGUCGAGCCUCUACACCCUGACCACUGAGUCUCCUCCUGUCCCCGCGUCCGGUCAGGUAGCAGCGUCGGGUCAGGUGUUUGCUGCUGCGUCCAGGUCUGGUCCUGAGUCUGCCCCCUGUUCGUGUCGCCUCCUGUCUCACGAGACUCUUAUGUGGCACCACCGUCUAGGCCACCCCUCCUUGCCCCGUCUUCGGGGCAUGGCUUCCCGUGUCCUUGUCUCUGGUCUUCCCCAGUCUCUCCCUCCCCUUCCUUCGGGACCAGGACCUUCCUGUGUCCCCUGUGUCGAGGGGCGCCUCAGGGCUGCUCCUCACUCCUCCCAGUUUCCCCCGACGAAGGCUCCUCUGCAGACGCUUCACAUGGACGUGUGGGGCCCGGCCCCCGUCCGUGGGCAGGGUCACGAGCGCUACUUCCUGUUGGUGGUUGACGACUACUCGCGUUACACCUCAGUCUUCCCCUUGCGCAGCAAGGGUGCUGUCACUGAGGUGCUGAUCGACUGGAUCCGCGAGGCUCGUCUCCAGCUCAGGAGGAGCUUCGGCUCGGACUUUCCUGUUCUGCGUCUGCACUCUGACCGAGGUGGGGAGUUCUCCUCUCGCCUUCUGCGAGACUACUGUCGUGCAAAGGGGAUCCGCCAGACCUUUACGCUUCCGGACUCUCCACAGCAAAAUGGGAUUGCUGAGCGCCGCAUUGGCAUGGUCAUGGAUGUCGCUCGUACGUCCAUGAUGCAUGCGGCUGCCCCCCAUUUUCUGUGGCCGUUUGCGGUUCGGUACGCGGCGCAUCAGCUCAACCUUCACCCCAGGGUCUCUCGGCCCGCGAUGUCCCCAGUGUUACUGUGGACGGGGAAGGUCGGCGAUGCGUCUGCGUUCCGUGUCUGGGGAUCUCGGGCGUUUGUCCGCGACUUGUCUGCGGACAAGCUGUCCCCUCGUGCUGCUCCCUGUGUCUUCCUUGGCUUCCCCCCUGACGCUCCAGGGUGGCAGUUCUACCACCCCUCCUCUCGUCGUGUUCUGUCCUCCCAGGACGUCACGUUCGACGAGUCAGUCCCCUUCUACCGCCUCUUCCCCUACCGUACUCCUUCCCUUCCCCCCCCACCGGACUUCCUGGUAGACACGGUUGAGCCAGUCGAGGUUGCUGCUGAGUCUGGUCCUGCUGUGGGUGCUGAGCCUGGGGGUGCUGCUGCUGGGGGUGCUGAGCCUGGGGGUGCUGAGCCUGGGGGUGCGAGGCCGAAGGGUGCUGAGUCUGGGGGUGCUGAGCCGGGGGGUGCUGAGCCGGAGGGUGCUACGUCAGGAGCUGCUGAGCCUGGGGGUGCUGGGCCUGGAGGUGCGGAGCCUGCGCCUGCUGGACCUGGGGGCUCUCCGGUUCUUCCGUCUCGGCGGGAGCCGCUCUCUCCACAGGAGCUGCGCGAGUGGUUUGCUCGCCGCUGGAGGCGUGCUGCUGGAGCUGGAGCUUCUUCGCCUGCUGAGGGUGCUGCCGGUCCCGGAGCUGCUGGGCCUGCGGGUCCUACUGGAGCAGGAGCUACUGAGUCUGGGGGUGCUGAGUCUGGAGCUGCUGAGCCUGGGGUUUCUCCUGCUGCUGCGUCUCGCCGGGAGCCCCUCUCUCCACAGGAGCUGCGUGAGUGGUUUGCUCGCCGCUGGAGGAGUGCUGCUGGAGCUGGAGCUUCAUCGACCGUCGAGGGUGCUGGUGCUGCCGGUCCCGGAGCUGCUGGGCCUGCGGGUCCUACUGGAGCUGGAGCUGCUGAGGGUGUUGGUGCUGAGACUACUGCUGUCUGUCCUGGCGGUGGUUCUGCUGCUGGUGCUGCUGGAGGUCCUGCCGCUGGAGGUGUUGGUGGCGCUGGUACUGUCGCUGAGGGUGCUGGUGCUGUCCCUGCUGAGUCUGGAGCUGCCGCGCGGCCUCGGCCGUACUUCGUUCCGCUCCUACAGCAGGUUCUUGGUCUUUCUCCUUCGGUAGAGUGUCCACAGCCUGUCCAGUCGCAACCACUGUUGGAGCCUUCCUCUCCUUUGCCUGCUCCCUCUCCUUACACUGGUCCUACUGGAGGUCUUGCUGAGCGUCGUGAGCCUGCGUCUUGUCCCGCGUCGCCUGUUCGUGCUGCUCGCGCUAGUGGUCGCGGUUCGCGUCAGCGUCCUCCUCCUGUCCCUGGCACGCACCGGAUGUCUUUGUGUCCGUCCACUGCUCCUCUGCGUGCCCCUUUGCCUUCUCCUCCUGAGUCCUCUCUUCCUGCGCUUGCCGACCCUGAGUCGGACUCUCUUCGCGCUGCCAGUCCUACUGUCACGCGUCUGCUUGCUACUGUCGUCACUGACCCCUCUUUUGAGUCCACUGCUGCGUCUGCUCUAGUCGCUGAGCUCGUUGACUUUGCUGCUCGCUGUCGUCUCGACUACGCUGCUGGUCUUGUUGCUGAGUCUGCGUCUGUCUGUCCUCCGUCCGUCGGGGGUGAGUGUGCUCUUGGCACGGACGUCCUAGAGGACAGACAGGAGGAGUUACAGUGUCUAGCGGCUGCUUCACCUCAUCUCGCGUCUGUACUGCUUGCCUCUGAGGGAGACCCGGAUGCACUAGACAUCCCGACUCCGCGUUCUUACGCGGAGGCCGUAGAGGGUCCCUACUCCUCUCAGUGGCAGGCAGCUAUGGAUGCAGAGAUGGCUUCCUGGAAGUCCACAGGCACCUACGCUGACGCAGUUCCCCCUCCUGGGGCGAACAUCGUCAGUGGCAUGUGGAUCUUCCGGGUGAAGCGGCCGCCGGGCUCUCCACCUGUCUUCAAGGCGCGGUACGUUGCUCGUGGCUUCAGUCAGCAGCAGGGAGUUGACUACUUUCAGACCUUCUCUCCCACCCCGAAGAUGACCACUCUUCGGGUGCUGCUGCACAUAGCCGCUCAGCGCGACUACGAGCUUCACUCUCUCGACUUCAGCACUGCGUUCCUGCAGGGUAGCCUGCACGAGGAGAUCUGGCUGCGCCGUCCACCUGGCUUCACUGGGACUUUCCCUCCUGGCACCCAGUGGAGCCUCCGACGGCCAGUCUACGGUCUCCGCCAGGCACCGCGUGAGUGGCACGACACACUGAGGACUACGCUUGCGGCUCUUGGGUUUGCUCCUUCUACUGCUGACCCGUCGCUGUUUCUGCGCACCGACACUUCACUGCCGCCGUUCUACAUCCUCGUGUACGUCGACGACUUGGUCUUUGCCACAGCGGACACUGCUGGACUCGCCUACGUGAAGUCCGAGCUGCUGAAGAGACACACGUGCACAGACCUGGGUGAACUGCGCAGCUACCUUGGCUUGCAGAUCACUCGGGACAGAGCACGCCGCACCAUUACCUUGACUCAGUCACACAUGGUGCAGCAGGUCCUUCAGCGCUUCGGCUUUACGUACUCCUCGCCUCAGGCCACUCCUCUGCCUACUCGCCACUCACUCUCAGCUCUGCCUUCGGAUGAGUCCGUAGAGUCGAGUGGUCCGUAUGCAGAGCUUGUUGGCUGCCUCAUGUACCUGAUGACCUGCACACGACCUGACCUUGCAUACCCUCUGAGCAUUCUUGCACGCUAUGUUGCUCCUGGGAGACACAGACCAGAGCACAUGGCUGCAGCGAAGAGGGUAUUGCGCUACCUGUGCAGUACGUCGGGCAUGGGGCUUGUGCUUGGAGGGCGGAGUCCAGUGGUCCUUACCGGCCACGCGGACGCUUCUUGGGCUGACGACCAGGCUACGCAGCGGUCGUCACAGGGUUACACCUUCAGCCUUGGUUCCGGCUCUGUCUCGUGGCGGUCUACUCGCUCGUCUUCGGUUCUCGGCUCCAGUUGUGAGGCUGAGAUCUACGCCGGGGCCAUGGCUGCACAGGAGCUUUGCUGGCUCACCUACCUGCUGACUGACCUUGGAGAGCCGCCUUGUUCUCCUCCAGUGCUGUACGUAGACAACAAGGCCAUGCUGGCCUUGUGUCGAAAGCAGCGCUUGGAGCACAGAACGAAGCACAUUGCUCUCCGCUACUUCCUUGCUCGUGAGCUGCAGCAGCGUGGUCAGUUGCGACUUGCGUACGUGGCCUCUGAGGCCAACACUGCUGAUGUGUUCACCAAGGCACUCGCGCCUUGUGAUCAUCAGCGCUUUUGCACCCAGCUGGGUCUUGUGUCUGUCUUGCCUCACUUGCUCUCCUCUUGA